UGUGUGUGUACGCGCUCGGGUCUCCUAUUAUGAGCAAAUUGAGCAAACUACUAGAAUUGUACAGGAAGGUGAUAAAAAUAGGGUUAUGUUAAUAUUGCUGUCAAAAGUGGCGAGAGCAGAUUGUAAUAAUGCUAAACUCAUUGAAAAUUGGAAGAAGCUUGACGAAUGCGUCGAAAAUUCAAUGCAGAAAUCUAUCGACUAUUGCGGCAUUUCCACAUCAAAAGUCAAAUGAAGCUAGUGACGCAAACACAAGGAUGAACUUCAUCAAUCCGCUGUCAUACCAGGAUUACUUCAGUGUUCAUAACCUAUUCACAGUGCAAGAUUUACUCAAUGCCAGAGUUCACUAUGGGCAUAAAAUUGGCUCUUUGAAUGAAUGUAUGAAACCCUAUAUCUACGGAGCGCGGUUGGGUCAUCUUAUUUUUGAUCUAGACCAAACAGCACAACAUCUGCGAGAAGCUCUAAAUUUUACUGCUCAUGUUGCGUAUAGUGAUGGCCUGAUACUUUUUCUGUACCGAGGAGCUAUGAAUGCACAUCUAGUGGAGAAGACGGCUUUAGAGUGCGGCGAGUAUUCGCAUACACGGUACUGGCGUGGAGGUGUAUUCACUAAUGCAAGUGUCCAAUUUAAAGCAGUCACAAGGCUCCCGGAUCUUUGCAUCUUCCUCAAUACGCUUAACAAUGUAAUGAAUCAACACACAGCAAUUCGGGAUUCUGCAAAAAUGUCCAUCCCAACUAUUGGAAUCGUUGAUACGAAUUGUAAUCCGAAUUUUAUCACAUACCCAGUGCCGGGAAACGAUGACUCUCCGGUUGCAAUCGAGUUAUAUUGUAGAGUAUUCAAGGAGGCUAUAUUGCGUGGCAAGGAGAAAAGAAAAAAUCAUCUUGAAAUACUCAAGCAACAGAAAAUCGAAGAAUAAAGUGU